UAUGGAAAAAUGCCAAAAAGUCUCACCUAGAUUAAGAAAAUCAAAGAGAAAGAACCUUGUUGAAUUUAACAAUUUCACGGCAGUUUUUGGUUAGUCUACCGCCUUCAAUGAACUAUCAAAUUCUUCAAUCUCUGCAACAUGUUGAAGAUAAAUGGGGUUUAGAUAUGCCGGAGAGUUUAGAGGAUGGAAUCAAGUUCCUUAAAAGAGAGUUUACCUUCCUUGAUUUGUUUCUCAAGUUACAGAAAUUCAUAGAUUUUUCCUACAGGUUUGGAAUCGUACUCAACGUUUAUACUCUGUUUAAGGAUGCUGCCAUCGACUUUGAAAGGAGCAGUGAGAUCGAUCAAGUUGUUCGUGUUACCAAUCAAUUACAAGUCAAAAUUCAGAAGACUAAGUUGGAAAUCAGAUCUGAAUACUUAUUUCCAAAAGUCAACAAGGAUGGUAACUUUGUUGGUAACCCCGAAUUUGUAAUCGAUUUCAUUGAUACUGUUGUACUGAAUCUGGGUAAUUUAUUGAAGGUUUAUUGUUCUAGUUCACUACUUUUUGUUCGUGGACCUAACAAAGAGAUCCGCGAUGUUUUUAAGGAGUUGAAGUUAUUGAGAAAUUUUGUAUGCUUUAUUACGGACAGAUUCAUAGAGAACAGGUUCACAGAGAACAGGUUCAUAGAGCUGAAAAGCCAACAUAUUGAUUUCUUGAUUCAUGUUUUAGAGGUGACCAGCCACGCUGCAAUGGUUGCCUGGUUGUAUCUCCCAAGCAAUGACAACGAAAAUCAGGAAACGAAUGGUUUGCUUUCUGAUCAUCUGAACAUGAAGAUUAAGCCCAUUGACCCAAGCAUCCGCAAGAUCUAUAUUGAUGUGCUGCAAGCUCUACGAUCAGAAUGGUGGCCAAUUGUUCAAAUUGAUCUUAUAGCUGGCUUUGUGGAGACUCUCCAACACAACUUGAAGGCACUAUCAGUUUGUAAUCCCAAUUCUCAUCAAAUAUCAGCUCUUCAGGAGAUGCUCAACCUCUUAAUUGCCAAUCUGUCCAUACAAGAUGGUAUUUUUAUGAAUAAGGAUAUCAGUACUGUGAUGAUUGAUUCCGGAAUACUCGUUUACUCGUUGUGUGAAGAUGUGGUGUUAGGGGAAGUGACUAUUGAUUUGCCAGGUACCAUUGAGCGCAUCAAGAUAUUGAUCUACCACAUCAUCCGGAAGGAGUUCCAAUCUAGUUUGCCAAGGAUUCAUGGACUAGGCUAUGUUGAUUUCGUCUUAAGCAAUUUGAAGGAGUUUCAAGACCGUUAUCCAGAUUCACUUGCUUUUAUGAAGGCUCAACUUGAAAUAAUUCAAGCAGAACUGGAGAGCGUGCAACCUUUUCUGAGGUUUGUUGCAGAACAACAAUACAAUAUUCACGACAAACUUCAGAAUAGUGUGGCUCUACUGAUUGGCAAAUCAUAUGAGAUAGAAUAUAUCGUUGAUGCUUGUGUGAGGAAAAGAGUUCCGGACUGGUGCCUCAUGCUUUGGCUCUUGGGCAUUAGUGCGGAGGUUGCAGAGAUGCAACAAAAGAAACUGUUUGAGGUUGACUUAGUGUCGCCUUACACCAUUGUUACUGAUCCUUCCAGUAAGUCGUCAGAAUUGGAAAAAGUGCCAGGGUUCAAAAAAGAAAUUAUCGGUUUUGAAGAUGAGAUCGGAACAUUGAUAGAUCGACUAACACGAGGAUCCGGAGAGCUGGACAUUAUCUCCAUUGUUGGUAUGCCUGGAACGGGAAAGACAACUUUGGCCAACAGACUAUAUUCUUAUGGUUCAGUUGUCUCUCACUUUGAUAUUCGUGCAUAUUGUCACGUGUCUCCAGUAUAUUCGGACAGGGACCUAAUAUUGUCUCUUUUGGCGAUGCUACAUGUUUCUAUUGAUGAGACCUCUCUUCUUGGUGAAGAGACUGAUGAAUUAAAAGAUAUUCUUUCCAGAAUUUUACAUUCCAGGAGAUAUCUUAUCCUCCUUGAUGACGUAUGGGAUCACAAGGCGUGGGAUGAUUUAAAAUGUUGUUUUCCUGAUGACAAUAAAGGAAGUAGAAUUCUUCUUACAACGAGAAAUCAUGAUGUUGCCGAUUAUGUUAAAUCAAUGAAUAAGCCCCAUCAUCUUAGCUUGUUGACCUACGAAGAAAGUUGGGAGCUACUAAAAAUGAAAGUGUUUGGCAAUGGAAGUUGCUCUCCUCUCCUUGAAAAAGUUGGGCAAGAAAUAGUAAGAAAGUGUGGAGGUCUGCGGUUGUCAAUUGUUUUGGUGGCUGGCAUUCUAUCAAAAAUUGAGCAGACAGAAGAAUGUUGGAGUGAAGUGGCUAAGCAUUUAGGUAUCAAUAUGUCAAGUGCCUUAAAUGACAUCAUAGAGCAAAGUUACCAACAUUUGCCCUAUCAUUUAAAGUCUUGCUUUCUUUAUUUUGGGACUUUUUUAGAGUUCAAAGAAAUCAAUGUUUCAAAGUUAACAUGGAUGUGGAUUGGAGAAGGAUUUGUUAACGAUCUUGAAGGUAAGAGUUUGCAGGACAUAGCGAGAGGUUACUUGGAGAAUCUAAUUAGAAGAAACCUAGUGAUGAAUGCUAAGAGGAGUUCUGAUGGUAAGGUCAAAGCAUGCCAAGUUCAUGAUCUAUUGCUUAAUUUCUGCAAGAAAAAAGCAGCGGAAGAGCACUUUCUAUCAUGGAUAAAAUGGGACCAAAACGAUAAAUCUUUGUUAGGUAUAUCCUCUCGCAAGCAGGUCGCUCAACGUCGUCUGGCCUUCUACUGUAAAGAGGAGAAUCUUGUAAAAUGGAGUUCGUCUUGCUGUCUUGUUGACUCUGUACAUUUCGGGGAAGACAAAAGAACAAAUGUCUCUAGUCGCCAAGUCCCACAAAUUUUUUACAACUUCAAGUUUCUUAAAGUGUUGAAUUUGGAGUCCACUGUUAUCAAUUCCUUCCCAACGGUGCUAGUUUACUUGAGGUAUUUUGCUGCACAAACUGAUCAGGAUUCAAUUACAUCGCUCAUUGCCAAUCUUUGGAACCUUGAAACGCUGAUACUCAGGCCAACAAAAGGAAAAUUGAAACUACCCGUUACAAUUUUUAAGAUGGUUAGAUUGAGACAUUUGUGCAUCGAUAAUGCUUAUUUCACUUUAAAUGGUGUGGAAGGAUUAAUUGAGAAGUUGAAAGUUCUUUCCACUCCCUGCUUUUCAUGUGCAAAGGAUGUGGAAUUGGUAGUGCAAAAAACACCAAAUCUUCGGGAACUGAGAUGCUCAUUGGUUGAUUUUAGACAAGAAUUUUUACCUCGCUUGAACUUCGUUGAGACGCUUGAGAUUCAUUUAGCAGCAGAUUCAACUGUAAGUGGUCCAUACAUCUUCCCAGCAACGCUCAGAAAUUUGACACUAUCCAACUUUUUCCUAGGCAGUUGUCAUGAAUCCAACAUUUCAAUGCUUCCCAACCUUUGCACACUGAAACUGGUAUCAAUUUUCUUUGACAAUGACGAGUGGGAAGUGAGAGAUAGCGAGUUCUUGAAGCUCACGGUCUUGAAGCUAGUAAAAUGUGAAUUUCUUGAAGAAUGGAUUGUCUCGAAUUUGGCCUUUCGUAUCCUUGAACAUUUGGUUUUGCGUGAAUGCCCAUAUCUUAAGAAUAUCCCUUUUUGUUUUCGAAACAAGUUGCUAUCCGUCAAGGUGAAGUCGUGCAGCGAAUCUGUUGAGCGGUCAGCCACAUAUAUCAAAGGAUACCAGAAGAUGAUGAAGCACAGAGAUAAGUUAUCAGUUUUUCCCUUAGAUGCCAACAAAAUCAUGGAUGAACAAACUCCUUUCAGGAGAAUCACUCCAGGAUCUCUUGCUAAAUCUCGAGUUGAUCAACAAAAAAUUACAUCAUUGCCCAAGAGGGGCACCAUAGCGAGGAAAAUAGCUAUGGAUUUAAAAGGGUACAUAUCAAAAUCAUCCGAAGAAGAACAUAUCGUAUCUGAUUCAUUGGACCAACAAGGUGGGGAAUAA